AUGUUCCGUAAAACAGCUUGGAGAAAGACAGUCAGCGAUGCCGUGAGCUGGCAUCAAGAUCAGGCGAUGAGCACAACGAUUUUCAUCCUGAAAGAAUUUGGGCCGACAGGAUUCCUCCUGAAGGAAGAUGGGGAAUCCAGACACCACAAGGUGUGUCUGGGUGAUCCUCACACUUGCACCUGUGGGACUUUCCAAAAAGAGAAGGACCUCUGCAGACACAUCUGCUGGAUUUUGAUGCGUAAAUUUAGACUACCGAGAGACCAUGAAUAUUGUUUCCAGCCAGGUCUUGUGGACAGACAGAUCCUGGAGGUGUUACAGGGUCUGUACCGGGCCAGAACUCCACGCCCAACUGACAGCACCUUCUCAGCACCCCCACUGCCUGACUUGAGUGAGGAGGAAGGUACAGUCAGGCGGAAGGCAGUUGAAGCAGAUGAUAUAUGCCCCAUCUGUCAGGAGGAGCUGCUGAAGAAAAGACUACCAGUGACACAUUGCAGGCAUGGAUGCGGAAACAACGUCCACAUCUCCUGUAUGAAAGUCUGGGCUGACCAUCAGACCAGGUCAGAAACGGAGGUCAUGGUGAAGUGUCCAUUGUGCCGGGAGGACUUUGGUGCAUUGAAGCUGCUAUUAGAGCAGGUAAAGACCUCUGGCAGACUGUGUACUUCCUCGGAAAGAGAGCGUCUGGACAAACACCUUGGGAUCCCAUGCAACAACUGCAGAAUCUGUCCUAUAGUUGGAAAAUGUUUAAAGUGCACCACCUGCAGUUAUUUCCACCUGUGUGAGGACUGCUUUAAGAGGAACUGCCACCCUCAGCAUAGCUUUGCAUGCAGAAUGAAAAGAAACCAGCCGUGGCAACCAGUGGCGCAAAGUGUGGACCCCCAACCCAAACAAGCACAGACAGUAGACAGUCAGUUGAUGCACCGCCCCACUGAUGCACUCAUCAUUAAGGCCAGUGAGAUGUCAGAUGUGGUUCCAGAGCAUGUGCUGAAGAGUUUACCAGUUCUACGAGUUCGCCAAAGCUCCAAACUUCUGGAAAAGGGCAUGCAGUGCCGCUUAUGCCUUCAGAGCUUCCAUUUGGGCCAGCAUGUUAAAACUCUACCCUGUCGACACAAGUUCCAUACUGGUUGUAUCGACACAUGGUUACGCCAGUCUGUCUGCUGCCCACUGGACUGGCAAGUCAUCUACAACCCCCUCACAUGGAAUGCUGUUGGGGUCCAGGUACCAGUCACUCCUGCUAAGGGUGCCAAGACUAGCCUUACUGAUCAGCAGCGAUCUGAGCUGUUCAUUCCAGGUUUCGGCCUGCUGGCUCAGACUGCCAGGGCACCUGCCUUGCAAAGCACAGAAAGAUCUGACACAUCUACAGCAGCUCCACUGGAUCCUCUUUGUUUUGAAUCCCUUAACCAGGGCACACAGAGACUCUGCAUCGGCUCCAGUCUCAGCCCCCAGGAGAAGAGUCGUGGUGCAGCCAUCUUUUCCAGACAGAUCUUCACCCCUCACAUCAGCAUGUACUAUCAGGAGAAUGGAAGGCUCUAA